AAUGUCUGCUCUGCUGACACUAGUCCUCGCCUCCACCUCCACCGGCUUCAAGCAAUUCACCAUCGACGACGUGGAGGACUGUGCGGUGGAUUUUAAGGGACGACUACUACGUCGCUUCCGGCCGUACUUCAAACCGAAACGGUCCCUGAAGCCCUUCAAGGCGUGGCGCAGCUCCUUCGGGCUGGGGUUCGGGGAGGGUUCUGGUGGGUGCCCGUCUAUCCAGCGGCCGGCCUCGCGGUUUGUGGAGGAGCGGGACCCGUACACGGGACAGCCGCUGGAGAUCGUCAGGUGUGUGGUGUUCCUGGGCAAGAUCUACGAGCAGAAGAUUCACGAGGUCACGUGUCUCAGCGAGGGGCUGCCAUGCAGAUGGAAUCCACAUCAUUCCAGCGGCUCCGGAGACCUCAGCACAUGCGCACAGCUGUCCGUUAUCAAGGAUGCCGUGCUGACCAAUGGCAGGCGGUUUUUCGUCCGACCAAUCAGAGUGAAGUCGUGCUGCCAAUGCCGUGCUAAGAUGUGGCCUUACGCCCUGAACAUCAAGAGAUUCCAGUAUUCAUGACUAGCUAGACGACUGAUUGAGACCUAAACCACUGGAGCUUUCUGUCCCGAUCGCCAUGAUGUUGGGAAAAGUUUCACGCGAUGUUUUAAGUUAAAACGUUGCCAGUUCAUGUGUCAUUUUGAGGAUCUUUGGCGGCUGCAAAUGCAACAAAGUGUCUUUAAAAAAACCCUACGUUGACAUCUUUGGUUUGAAUUAUUCAUUAGACGCCGAGUCCUCAUUUAUGGGACGUUCUGUAAUUUUUGUACGAGAAACAAAACACAGAGUGUCCAAAAACGGCACAGAAAUGACGUCGAAAGUUUAAUAUCACCGACGUCGCCAUGGUACCGAGUUCCAUGAAGAACAUAGAAAAACGAUAUUACAAAAAAAAUAUACACAAAAGUUAAGUCAGUCAAACUUUGUUGGCAUUCUUAAAAGAAACACACUCUCAACCUGUCCAAAAAAUUUGCAGCAAAUUUAAAAGCAGCCAAAGGCUCCAUCAAUUUUCACUAUCAAGCUCAAAUGAGACCUAUUCUGACACGCUUAUAGUAUACUCCAAGGGGCUUAAAAUCCUUUGAGACUCCAUCGGGCAUUUAUAUUAUGUUUUAGAAUUCGAACUCUUCAUAAACUUUUUAUUUUUGCAUUGAUCUAAUAUCAGUUAAAACUUGGAAUCUCUAGAGUCGGACCGCUUUCAGCUGAAGGAUGUCUACAUGCAUGAUGCGAUGUACUUAUUUUAGUAUCAUAAAAACAUAUGGAAGGAAAGCAAAGACGUGCCCGUACAUGUGGAGGAUUAUUGCGAGUAGCGUGCCAAGAACUACAGACGAAAGUACAGCUGACAUCAGGACUAUUUGAAACAUUGGACAUUGGAUCGAGGAGGCGCAGUAGCAGUUGAAGCCUAGAAAUAGUCCUCGGGUGGCAUCCGUCUGGUAUGUUAUGGAAUAGGCGACCCAUGGAGCAUAUCGUAAGCCCGAUUUAGAAGGGAAAAUUCCAAUUUAAUGAGGAUAUUUCUGAGUAGCCGGAGGCACAUGCCUUGAAUGAUCUAAAAGAGGCUCACUCUCUAGACAAAGGUCAUUGCAGGUUGUGUUUCCAAAACAGUACAAGAUUUAUAGAUGUGCUGCGGCUAGAAGUUUGGGUGCCAAGUUGGUGAGGGAGCAAAUAUGGCUAGGUAACUCAGAGGAGUCGCGAAAUAUCGACCCAUGGCCUUGUAGAGCAAAACGCUCACCACUAAGAAUACCCACAAAAGCAAAAACAAACAAACAAACAAACAGUUGUCAUGAUAUUCCUGUUGUUCGACAGAGAAAAAUGCAGUGACACUCACGAGAGGGCGAAUGAAACACCAUCAUUCCAAUUUUGGUGAGAAAUCAAAAGAACUGGCCUAUCUUAAAUCCUGCCAUGAGUCACCAAGUCUUGAUUAAGCUACCUAUCAUCGAGUCAGUGCAUUCGCCGUCUUGUGGAACACUUGUGGGGGCGUGUAUGAUUCUUGCAUGUGCGGACUGUACUGUAGAAAAGCGAAGAUGUAUGAUGUCAUCAUGUCACAGCCUACUUCAAAAUUGGACGGCAUCAAAAUCUUACGACGGCCUACAGCAGAUGCGCCAUUAGCAGGAAAACCAAUUUUAUCUUGUAGGUUGUUCAUGUUGUUGCAAGAAAAGUCCAGCUUUCCUUCAGCAAACAUCACUUCACAGACUAGCUGGAAUCUCCAUCACCACAUAGGAGGCUAGAUGAAAAGGUGGAUAAAAAGGGGCCGUGGAAGGCGAUUGACCUGCACGGCAACUAGUGUAUAAGAUUGUUUGACGUCGGAGAGUGUGUCAUAGUCCGAUGUGAUACGUAAGUGUAAAUCAAUGCCUUGCCAACUUUCAAUCGGACCGUUUGUAUCACGAAGGACGUCGACGGUUACUUUUAAUAUGUGAAAAAAAUGGCACAUCAGCAUGCACAAUUAUGUUCAAGAAAAUUGCUUCCUCUCCUUUCAAUGGGACAAUAUAUAUAAACUUUGUUGUAGAAUACUAGAAGAUGUCCUUGUUGUUGCCAUUAACGUGUAAACAAUAUGAUGUAUCCGGACAAAUUGUGUCGAAAUUGAGAGCCGGAACUCCUCCAUCGCUUUUUGAUGGUUGUACUAUGCACGAUACAGCGUCCAAUUGUGCGGCACAUAUUGGAAUUAUAUGGCAGAGUACAAAACAGACAUACGCAGCUAAUAAAACAGCGGAAAUGACCAAGUGCAAAUGGCUUGUCGUUUAUUUUACAGCUCCUAAGUGGGACAAAAAAGCUAUUGGAUAUUUUCCUUUGAUGUUCUUCGUAGGAAAU